GAGUCCAACAAAAUUCUUCGUAGCGCCAAUAUGUACGCGCAUAACUCGGCAAAACGGGCCGCUGCUUCUCCUUUCAGUGUCGAGUAAACUUCACAACACAGCCAUUCCGGAAAUACCCAUUUGCUGCCUAUACACUACCCUUUCUCCAUCAGCUCCAUUGGGACUAUUUAAGUUGUCACCAUCUCAAGAUUUUUCUUCAAUUUAGAUGCACACCUCCUUCUGCUUACUUUGGACUUCUUGAUAUAUGGGCUUGUGCAAUGCAUCGAAGAGUCUGUAAGCAGAUCACAUCUGGGCUUGAGAAGCAGACUUGGGAGCAUUUCUGAGACGGUUAUUUGAUUUCUCUGAUAAGUUCGAGUGAGCAACAACUGUUUGCCAAAAAUACCAGAAAGUUUAGGAUUUAUAAUGCAAGUUCUCGGGGUGAAGAUGAGAGAUUUCCCAUCUUGUUUUGGUGAAAAUGGGGUUCAGGUUGCUGAUUCUUCCUCGUCCAGCACGAGCAAGGCUGCCCAGAAUUUAGUAACUUGUGUCUAUCAAUGCUGUUUACGAGGUCGGUCUUGCUUGAUUACUGUCACAUGGAGUAAGAACUUAAUGGGCCAAUGCCUUGGAAUUGGGAUCGAUGACUCAUCAAAUCAGUGUCUGUGUAAGGUCGAUAUUAAACCCUGGUUUUUCUCCAAGAGGAGAGUGUCCAAGAGCUUAGAAAAAUAUUCUUGUAAAAUCGAUAUAUUUUGGGACCUUUCUGCGGCCAAGUUUGGUCCUGGGCCUGAGCCUUUGGAGGGAUUUUAUGUUGCGUUUGUUGUUGAUCGACAAAUGGUUCUUCUUCUUGGGGAUUUGAGAAAAGAAGCUUUCAAGAAAACUAAUGCCAGCCCUGUGCCUUCUAAUGCUGUUUUCAUUGCCAAGAGAGAGCAUAUUUAUGGCAAGAAAGUGUUUAGUACCAAAGUUCAAUUUUGUGACAGUGGUCAAAUUCAUGAUCUUGUGGUCGAAUGUGACACUACUGGUGUCAAUGAUCCAUGCCUGAUGAUCCGCGUAGAUAGCAAGCCAGUAAUGCAGGUAAAGCAGCUUCGAUGGAAGUUCCGGGGGAACCAUACCAUCUUGGUUGAUGGGCUUGCUGUAGAAGUUUUCUGGGAUGUUUAUAAUUGGCUCUUUGGUGCAUCACUAGGAAAUGCUGUUUUUAUGUUCAAGACAUGCCUCUCGGCUGAGAAGUUGUGGGCUAGCCAACCCAUUUCCAAUCCAAAUCCAUUUCCGUGGUCUUGCUCGCAAAGAUUUUCGGGUUCCGAAACACAAUGUCUUGGCUUCUCACUGAUCUUGUAUGCUUGGAAAAAUGAAUAGAGAAAUUUGAUAGGAUUUUCAUAGAAUGCUAACAAGCUUUUAGUAAGUGUUGAUUUUUAUCAACACUUGGUCAAUUUGUAAUCAGAUUACACUAAAUUUAAUUAAAUGUUCAUUUGUUUUCUUCCUA